AUGCAGAUGGAAAAUAUUCUUAUAUUGAAUUUAUUAGGCAAACAAUUUCGUAUACCAUAUGGAAUAGUAGCUGAUUAUCCUCAAACACUACUCGGCAAUGAAUUAUUACUUUCAAAAUAUUAUCGUCAUGAUAGAAAAGACUACUAUUUUGAACGAAAUCCAUUAUUAUUUCCAUAUAUUUUAACAUAUUAUACAUUAGAAAGAAAAAUAUUUUGUCCACACCAUAUACCUAUUGAAUUAUUAGAAAAUGAAUGUAAGUUCUUUAAAUUAACUAAUUCAAAUAUUUAUCAUGAAAUGUAUAAAAUACAAACUUAUCAAUAUUUUCAAAGAAAAAAAAAUUUAAAAAAAGAUUAUUUUAUUGUUAUAACUCCAUUUAUUGUCGGUCUUUUAUUUAUGAUAACAGCAAGUAUGGAAACAUUAAGUGAUAAUAAUAAUAAUAAUUCUUUAAAUUCACCAUGGUCCUUAACUUAUUUUAUUGAGUUAUUAAAUACACUAUUAUUAACUAGUACUAUAAUUUAUCAAAUUCUUUAUAAACAAGAUUUUUUUCGAAAUACACGUUUUCUAUUAGAUUUAUUUUCAACGAUAUUAACAAUACUUGUCAUUAUUUGUCAAAACGUAACGAUAAUGAUAGAUUUUAAAUUUUUAAAUAUUUUAAUUAUGUGUUUAAAAACAUUUCGUUUAUUCAUCAUUAUCGUUCAUUUACGUCUAUUAAGAUUAGUUAUUCAAACAUUUAUUCAACGAUUACAAAUUAUUUUUGUAUUAGCAUUUAUAAAUAUUAUUAUAACAGGUUCAUUUAGUGAAAUAGCAUUUGCAUUUGAACGACAACAAAAACAAGAUCAAAGUAAUCAUCCUACAAUGAAAACUCAUUUUGAUGCUUUUUGGUGGGCGACUUCACUCAGUUUUACAAUUGGAUUUGGACAUUCUAAUCCACAUUUUACAUUAACAACUAUUGGAAGAUUUUGUAGUUACAUGCUCACAUAUUUUGGCCUUCUUUUUAAUGGACUCAUAUUACAAGAAUUAAUUAAAGGAUUUUUAAAAAUAUAUCGAGAAGAAAGAAAAGAAUAAACUGUAACUACUGUCUGUGUACGCCUCCUCUUUCAACUUUCGAACAAUCGAUUAUUUACAAUGCCAGGUUUGGCACGUCGAUUACUAGGCAAAAAAACAUGUUUGUGUACCACAGCUAAACGAGAUUCAUUUUAUGAUGAUUUACCUAAAUCAGUAACCAAAACUCAUGAACAUAAAUCAACUGAUCAAUAUGAAUUUUUACAAUCAGAUAGAGCAAAACGAUUAAGUCGUCAAAUAAAUAUGGAUGAAUCGGAUGCGGACGAUGAUAUGAAUAUAACUGAACGACUACGACAUGCAUCAGCAAAUUUACCAGCAAAUAUUCCGAUGUUAGUUGUUGUUUCGUUUAGUCCAGAUGUAAAAGGUUUACAAAGAAAACAAAUUGAAAUUCAACGUGGUAUUCCUGUAAAUGCACAAUUUAUUCUAAAUGAAUGGUUACAUAUUAAAACGGCUGAUAAUGAAGAAGGUUUUGUUCCAUAUGUAUGUUGUCGGCCAAUGUUACGUCGACAAUCAGUAAAAUAUUCAAAUGAUAUAGAAAAUAAUUAUAAACCGUAUGAUUUCCAGUCAAAUAAACCAUGUCAAACAAAAUCACCAUCAACAAGCAUACCAAAUUUAACAUCAUCAACAAAUAAAAAAUUUUCAUUGUCAUCAGCACUUGGUUCACAAUCAUUUCUAUUUCAAAAUUCAUUAUCAUGCAAAAAACGUCCAGAUGUUACAUCAUCAUCAUGUGGUGGUGAUUCUGGUUUUUCAGAUUGUGAUUCAUCAUCUCAUAAUAAUAAUAAUAAUCAUAAUCAUAGUUUUGAUUUAUCAACGCAACGCCAUGCACGUUUAUCGAAUAUACGAUCAUUACGUUCAUCUUCAAAUUCAAUGAAAAAACCUGGUCUUUAUGUACAAGAUCUUCCUAUAAAAAAGUCUAUUAAAAAUACAAUUGCAACGAUUACAAAAUCAGAUACUUCGAAUCGAAUCAAAUAUCAAUUAUCUAUAUCCAGUAACAGUGCAUUUACACAAUUUGUAAAAAAAACUAUUCAUCAAAGUCAUCAACAAGAAAGUAAUCAACAUCAGCCAUCACAUUCGAAUACUCGAUUAUUUCAUCAUCAACAAGAACCAUCAUCUAUAUCGUCUUCAAUAAGUAAUUUACGUCGACCAUAUAAUAACUAUGAUGAAACAAGCAAUUUCUCAUCUCCAUCGUCAAAAUGUCUAAGUGCAGGAGGUGUUAGUAGUACUGUUUCAUCUCCGUAUAUACGUCGAACGCCAUUUUCUCGACGUUCUCUACCACAUCAUAUUCAACCUGUAUUAAAAAAGCCUGUAAAACCAACGUUAUCAUCAUCGCCUGAUCCAUUUAAAACAGCAAUUAAAAAGGAACAACAAUUUCGACACGUUCUUCUUGCUGAGCCAUCCUUGCCAUUAGCUAUUCCAACAAUAAAAUCUUCGAUGGAAAGACAUUUUUCAGAUUUAAGUCUUAAUCAAAUUGAAAAUGAUUCACUCAAGCCAUCAAUUAAUACAAUAUCAAUUCAAUGUCGACCAUCAUUAUCUUGUUCAUCAUCAAGUACAACAAGUUCUUCUUCAACAUCACCAUCAUCAUCUUCACCAAGAAUCAACAAUAGUACAACUGCAUUUAUUCAUAUUCAAAUGAAUAAUUCAUCAUGCGAUAUUAUGCACCGAGGUGAUUCCAUACCAGUUGUUUUUUCAACGACGAAUAAUAAUCUUAGCAAUGCAGCAACAAAAUCCUCCAGUUUUAUUCAUAAUGUUUCAAUUACUGUCUAA